AUGUCUAUCUUGAUCCACGAUGUCGUGGAUGAUGACGAGGAGGAGGAGGAGGGCAUCUUCGCGGUGAUGGCGAUGAUGCCUGCAGCCGAGAAGGGCGGCCGCGAAGUCAAGCUCUUCGUGGGCCGACUUCCUCGCGAGGUUACCCGGCCGCAGCUGCAGCAAGCCUUCCAGCCUUAUGGACCGGUCCUUGAGGUCUUCAUCAUCAGCCAGCAGGCAUCGAGCCAGCUUGGUUGCGCAUUCGUCCGGCUACCAAGCUUGGAACAGGCGCAGAGGGCUGUUCAUGAGCUUCACGACAAGCCGGUCCCUGAGAGUUCCUUCUUCAAUCCGCUGCAGGUAGCCCUGGCGAAGGGCGAGGCAGAGCGCUUAGGCUUGGGGCCGGACAUGGGGGAGGCAGGCAAAAAGCCGGACCUGCACCAGUUGGCCACCAGCGCCGGGCUGCUGCCUGUCCGGACCCUGGUGGACCUGGUUAAGGAGGGGCAGCGGAAAUCCGCGGGCUUCAAGCAGAGGUG